AUGGCCUUCACAGAUGGCAUGAUCAUGCAACUCUAUAUCCUUGGCCCUGCGUUUGGCCUGCCCUCCAUCGACGCUGAAUGCAAUGCCGCAGUCGCUCUCCUUCAACUUCGCGUACCCGAAAGCUACACGAUCAUUCCUACCCAUCACAAUGCUACUCGACUGCCAUACUUGGUCGACGGCGCCUCAAGAAUAUGGGGUUUCAACAACAUAGCUCGACACCUCAUUGACAAGCGAAUCAGUCCAGAGCGCAGCACCCUCUCGGCCAUCCAGCAGGCCGAUACGAUCGCAGCGACUGCUUUCCUUGAAACCAAUGCCAACCUCCUUCUUGAUGUUUCAUUCUACGUCUCCUUUGAGAACUACCGCAAUGCCACUCGACCGGCCUUUACAAGAUUACUGCCCUGGCAUACGAACUACAUUCUCCCACCACAGCGGAGAGCAGCGGCCCGCGCACGAACUGCUCAUCUCGGAAUCGCGACCACUAUCGAUGUCGACGAUGUCCAUGGGGAUUUGAGUGAUCGCCCUGCAGGCACGGAGACUGGCGGUACUUCAUCUGGGAAAGAGACGGCAUUUGCGGAAGCUACCCGACAAAGGGCAAGUCUACUACUUCCAAAGAAGGACACUUUGAAGGGACUGCUUAAGAAGCCCGAGCACGCCGCGGUCUUCAAAUUGAACGCACUGGCGGACGAUGUCCUAGCACCGUUGCAGGAUCUUCUAGGCGGGGAAGGGAAAGACAGAGAAGAGUGCUUUCUGCUGGACGCGAGCGAACCGCACGCGCUGGACUGUCUCGCGCUCGGAUAUCUCUCACUCAUGCUCUACCCAACCCUUCCGCAUUCCUGGCUAGCAGACCGUCUCCGCGCCAGAUAUCCCCGACUAGUCGCCUACACGGAGCGACUGCGACAGCGCCUACACCUCCACGCCCCCGCCGAAGAAAUCACCGCCCUCCACCAAUCCGGCCCAUCCACGAUACCCACAACCUCCUCCUCCGGCCUCCCCUUCCGCGCCCCAGAAUCUCCCACCAGCAUAGCCCAGCGUCUGCAAGAAAUCUCCUCCGCAAUCCUCGACAGCCUGCCGACGCCUCUGCAUCAGUUCUUCCCCGGGUCAUCCACCUCAACGCUACAUCUCCAACACGCUCCCGCUCCUCCUCGCAGUACCUUGCUAGGUUCCUUCCUACGCCCUACGAUCCUUUUGACUGUUAUCACGGCGGCGAGCUUGGCGGUGACGUUGUGCUUUCGACGCGGGGUACUUGUCUGGCCGAGCGGAGCGCCCGCACAGAUUUUCUUGUCCAGGAGGGCGGUGCGCUUGCCGGAGUUUUUGGAUUUGGGGUUUCUGGGGGCGCAGAUCGGUGGUGGUGCGAUCGGUGGGUUUGGACGAUGA